UCUCGAAGUCAGCACAGGUAUGUUUUAAGGAAGCUUGGCAAUUGCUAUUAUCAACCAAGGAGGGGACAAAAGUGUGGGGUACCGCGGCCCUGCGAUUACAAAUUUUGAUCUUCCCGCUCGUAUCUUUGCCCUAUGGCGGCGGGUAGCGGGGUAGAUGGAGCUUGCUUUGUCAGGAACGGAGGGUAUUGACCGAUCUCACUUUCGUAAAACCCGGUGGUGACGGAGUUGGUUGGAGUUUAGUUGAUAUGUUGUGUUUGGCCGGUCAGCACUAGUGGUGUAUAUUAUGGACAGAUGCCCGCCCCAAAGUGAAGCCAGAGACAUAUCUAUUCCUCAAGCCACGAGAAUAAUUACCAGAAAAUUGAACUUUUUAUAACGACAUCAGCCCACCAAUAUUCACCAUGACUUCCCUCUACGAUCAAUCCAUCCCGGUGCUAAUCAAGUACCUCAACAACGUCUCUGUAGUCCUCGACAAGUCCAUCGCCUAUGCAGACGAGAAGGGCAUUGCUCACGAGGAGCUCCUCACUGCUCGCCUGAGAGAUGACAUGAGGCCCCUUCCUUACCAGAUCCAGUCCAUGUCCAACACCGCUAAGUUCCUCUGCGUUCGCGCCUUCGGAAUUGAGAAUAUUGUCCUAGAGGACAACGAGGCAACCUUCCCCGAGCUCCGCGCCCGAAUUGCCAAGACGAUCGAGAUCCUCCAAUCCGUGGACCCGGCGAAGAUCGAUGCCAAGAAGGCCGUCGAGGAGCCUAUUAUCAUGGAGACGAAGAUGGGCAACUUCAGGUUUGAGAGCGGGCAGGCGUAUCUCAGCGAAUAUGCCAUCCCGAACUUUCACUUCCAUUUCUCGACGGCAUACUGCAUUUUGAGGAGCCUUGGUGUGCCAUUGGGUGCUAUGGAUUAUCUUAGCGGUGUCUUCCACAAGGUUUAGAUUUCAAACUUUAGGUUAGGAAAAUGCAUAUCAUGCACAGCGUCAUGAUUGUGGCUGUUGAGAAUCAAAAGAAUUAAACUCUUGUUGUCCUCUAUUAAUAAAAG